CUCAUCUUCUUUUUCUUUAUCAUUCUAAACAACUCUGGAAUCUCAAUUUUCAAUCUAUUUUCUAUUGCUUCAAAAUUGAAUCUCUAUUGUUUUCUACAAUUUGUUUUUUUGUUUUUUUUUCAAAUAAAAUCACAAAGAUAUAGAUAUGGGUAUGAAGCUUGAUGAAGAAUAUGGAGCUGAUAGAUUAUUGCAAAUCGAAACUGACAAUGAAGAGAAUGAGGCACUUGAUACGCUUAAUGAAGACGACGAUACUGGAUCUGAUAUCUCUAAUCACUCUGUUCAUGCCCCUUUUCAUAGCCAACUUGAUUCUCCUACUUGGCCUCAGAGUUAUAGGAGGUCUAUGGACGUGUUCACAGGGGUGACCCCUCCAUCAUUGAGUUUUUUAAAGGGAAGCUCCAUAUUGAGUUCAGCAUACAUGAGGUCUCAAACUCUGACACCUGAACAUUCCCUCAGUAAACCUUUCAUUUCUUCUCCGAGCCUUGACAGGGAAGAAAUCCCAACUUCGAAUCCUUCAAAGCUAUCGAUCGUUUCUUCAGCAAGAUAUUCAGCACCAGAAUUGCCACCAUCACAGCAAUGUUCAUAUGCUCAAUCAGUUCUUAAUGCGAUAAAUGCUCUGUGUGGAAUAGGGAUCCUUUCGGUUCCUUAUGCACUCAAAGAAGGGGGGUGGUGUAGCCUUUUCCUUCUGUUUCUUUUUGGAAUCAUUACUUUUUAUACUGGAACUCUUCUGAAAAAAUGUUUAGAAAGCUCUCCUGGUAUUGAAACCUAUCCAGAUAUCGGACAAGCUGCCUUUGGAUUGUCUGGUCGAAUAUUUAUAGCUAUAGCCUUGUACGCCGAACUAUAUUCCUCUUGCAUAGAGUAUUUGAUUAUGAUGAGUGAUAACCUUGGCGCCCUAUUCCCGAAUAGUCACAUGGAGUUUGCUGGAAUUCAUCUGAAUUCUUAUCAAAUAUGUGCUAUUAUUUCUACCCUUAUCAUACUUCCAACCGUUUGGCUUAGAAAUCUCCGUUUGCUGUCUAUCGUUUCAGCCGGUGGAGUGAUUGCACUGAUUGUCGUGGUGAUCUGUUUGCUAUGGGUCGGGGUGGUUGAUGAUGUUGGAUUUCACCCAAGUGGAACGGCUAUUAACAUUGCAAGGUUACCUGUCACGAUUGGUCUUUAUAGUUUCUGCUAUGGAAGCCAUUCAGUUUUCCCAAAUAUCUACUCAUCAAUGAAAGAACCUUCAAAAUUCCCAUCUGUUCUUCUUAUAAGCUUCAGCGUUGCCUUUUUUUCAUACCUCGGAGCAGCGGUUUGUGGUUUUUUAAUGUUUGGUGAAAACACCAAUCCACAGUUCACUUUAAAUUUGCCAACAGAACUUGUUACUUCAAAAGUUGCAGCUUGGACAGUGGUCAUAGCCCCUCUCACAAAAUACGCGAUAACACUUACACCAGUAGCUUUUGGCAUAGAAGAAUUCCUACCUUCGCCUCAGCUUAGAACUUAUGUUGUAUCCUUACUCAUCAGAACACUUUUGGUGUUUUCAACUCUGGUCAUUGCAUUGGCAGUUCCAUAUUUUGGUUCUGUAAUGUCAUUGAUUGGGUCUUCACUAGUAAUGCUUGUGUCUUUAAUCCUUCCUUGUGUAUGCUACAUCCAACUAAGUAAAGAUCAAAUCACGCGAUUUCAGCUUGCAGCUUGCAGUUUCAUUAUAGUGGUGGGACUGAUUUCAGCUGUAUUUGGCACAUAUUCUGCACUUACAAACAUGGUCUAGUUUGAAGAUGGAAGACUCGGUCUCGUUAUUGAAAGAGUGAAUAGAGAUAUCUCUCUUCUGAUUCAAAAUCGUAGUUCUGGGAGUUGGGUUCUUGUACACUAUGCACACAGUGGUAAACAGAAAAACCAGAGUACACCAAUUUUGUAGAAUUGAUUGAGUGAUUAUGAAAUCGUAGUUGUAAUUAGCAAGAAUUGAGAUCUCGAUUUAUUAUUUUAACUCUUAAUGUUGGUUUUUUAAAACCCUUUCUACUGUACCUAAUCAUUGUAACAGUGGUUUAUUACAUUGUUACCUCAUGAUUUAGCAAUUAAUUAGACCAGCAAUUUGUUAUCA